UAGCGCCAGCCUGGGCGGCUCCGUUCGCUGUUUUUCCUCCUCUCUGGGUAGUGACCUCACCUGCGGUUCGCGAAGAUGCAGCUCAAACCCAUGGAGAUUAACCCCGAGAUGCUGAACAAAGUGCUGGUCCGGUUGGGGGUUGCCGGCCAGUGGCGCUUCGUGGACGUGCUGGGGCUGGAGGAGGAGGCUCUGAGCUCGGUGCCUGCACCGGCCUGCGCGCUGCUGCUGCUCUUUCCACUCACCGCCCAGCAUGAGAACUUCAGGAAAAAACAGAUCGAGGAGCUGAAGGGACAAGAAGUCAGUCCUCAGGUGUACUUCAUGAAGCAGACCAUCGGGAACUCCUGCGGCACUGUCGGGCUCAUCCACGCAGUGGCCAACAAUCAGGACAAGCUGGAAUUUGAGGAUGGGUCAGUUCUGAAACAGUUUCUCUCGGAAACGGAGAAGUUGUCCCCUGAAGACAGAGCAAAAUGCUUUGAAAAGAAUGAGGCCAUUCAGACCGCCCACGACGCCGUGGCACAGGAAGGCCAGUGUCGGGUAGAUGACAAAGUGAACUUCCAUUUUAUUCUGUUUAACAACGUGGAUGGCCACCUCUAUGAACUGGAUGGACGAAUGCCUUUUCCAGUGAACCACGGCACCAGCGCGGAGGACUCGCUGCUGCAGGAUGCCGCCAAGGUCUGCAGAGAAUUCACUGAGCGUGAGCAAGGGGAAGUCCGCUUCUCUGCCGUCGCCCUCUGCAAGGCUGCCUAAUGCCCUGUGGGAAGGGACCGAGCUCUUUUCCCCCCUUUCCUUCACCAUCAAAAUAUACCCCCACCAAUGCAGUCUUAAAACGCUUUAGUACUUGUAGAAAGCAGCUGUUCCCCUUCGGUUCUGCAGCUGUACUCCCCCUCAGCCGCACCCAGGCGCUAGCAGAGCUCAGCUGUCGACGGAGCAGUUUGGUGUAAGCUUCAGACCGAGAAGCAUUUCCCGCACUGUGUGUCUUGUGCCUCAAUAUCUCAUGCUUUAAAUGGCUACUUUGGUUUGUGUCUGUAAGGUAAGGCCUUGGAUGUGGUAUAACUUGUUUGUCCUUAAGGAAUAAAACUUUUCUGCUGAUAA